GAGUAAGUAAAUAAAUGGCGAAAGGGGACGAAAACCCGCUCUAGAAUAGUUUGUGAGUAGACCGUUGACUUGUUUGCGAGCUUGGGGGGGGGGGGGAGGGAAUUGUGUGUAGAGGGGUAAGGUGGCGUGAUGUAGGGGAGGAAGGAUUCGAAGAGGAAGGAGGGGGGAAAAAAUAUUUUUCCCGCCGAGCCCUCGUCAGUCGGGUUGCGGACGACGACGGCGAAGCGGUGUGGCGCAUGUGCAGUGACCUAUAGGGGCGGUCUCUCACCUCCCCUCUCUCCAGCACACUCACACCGCAGUGAGGCGCGCGCGGCCCGACCGUACGCAUCACAACGCAGCUGCCCUCUUCGCUGCCAAGCGCGCGUGCUCCGGAGGGUCCUCUCGGCCGCUGAGCAGCCCAUGGAGUCGCUCGGCUUGAAGACGGCGUCGGCGGCGCGCCAGCUGCAGCUGCUGGCCGUCGCGGCGCUGUUCCUCACGCUGGCCUUCGGCGGCGCCUUCUUCUCGGCGCUGGGCGUCUACCUGCUGCUGUUCUCCGGCUACCGCUGGCUCGUGCUCGCCUACCUCGCCUGGGUCGCCUACGACAGGAACUCCUGCUACAAGGGCGGCCGGAGCAACGCGUGGGUGCGGCGCUGGGCGUGGUGGCGCCACGUGCGCGACUUCUUCCCGCUGCGGCUGGAGGCGCGCUGCCGCCUCGACCCGGCGCGCAACUACCUGCUGUGCGUGUUCCCGCACGGGCUGCUCAGCACCGGCGCCUUCGUCAGCUUCGCCACCGAGGCGACGGGCUUCGCCGACAAGUUCCCCGGCCUGGCGUGCCACCUGCUCACCCUCACCGGCCACUUCUUCUGCCCCGUGACGCGCGAGCUGGCGCUGUGCUGCGGGUCUGGUGCAGCAUCUGAGAAGAACAUAGACUACCUGCUGAGCUACCCCGGUGGGGGUCACGCGACGGCCCUGGUUGUCGGAGGGGCGUCGGAAGCCUACUACUGCUAUCCCGGCUCCUACACUGUCAUCCUGAAGAGGAGGAAGGGUUUUGUACGGCUUGCAGUCAAGAACGGCGUGCCCCUGGUGCCCGUGAUCUCGUUCGGGGAGACGGACCUGUACGACCAGGUGCCCAGCCCCGAGGGCUCCUGGCUGCGCUGGCUGCAGGAUCAGGUCCGCGCCAUGUUCGGCAUCGCCCCGGUCAUCCCCAUGGGGGCCUUCGGCUUCAUCCCGUUCCGCAAGCCCGUGGUCACAGUUGUUGGGAAGCCAAUGGAGGUGCCCAAAAUACCAGAGCCAACCAGAGAAGAGGUUGACGAGGUGCAUAAGAAGUUCACUGAUCAUCUGAUAGCUUUCUUCGAGGAAGAGAAACACAAAUAUGUCAGCGAUCCCGAGAAGACAUUCCUGAAGAUAGUGUGACGGCAACUACUUCUAAAGGGGGUGGUUUAUUUCUGUGCUUACUUGCACGCAAUACCCGACAUAUCACGUGGACUAUGGUGUGAAAUAUUUUGAACAAAUAUUUUGCACAGUCAUAGAAAAGACACAUUGUUUUGUUAUCUAGUCAGUAGUUUGAAUACAAUUUUAUACUAAAUAAAAAUUAACUUGUGUAAAAGUGAAUAUUGCAGUUGAAGGAAAAAAUAUAUUUUUGUAAUAUUUCACUUAGCUGAUGUAGGUAGGUAUGUAUUGCUCUGGAUUAAAAAUAGACAAUUCACAUUAUAUAUGUACAUAAUUAAGAGCAUUAGGUAAUUUUCUGACCAAGCAUAAGAGGUUAUUACUAAAAUAAAAAUCACAAUAUUGAAGCUGCAUCACACACUGUACAUAAACCUUUUUUCUUUAUAAACUAAGUUUUUUAGUGGUUGUGAUUUUUCAGAGUAAGACUAGCUUUGUUUCAUGGAAUGACUGUAUUAUAUAUACAGUAAUUAUAUUUGGAUGUAUUGAUUUUAUUCCUCUCAUAAGAGUGAAUUGUAAGGAGAUAUUUUGUUAUGCCUUCAUAUAAUUUUGAAUGUACUAACGUCACAUACUCGUAAUCAUCACAUGGUUUUCAUUAGUUAGAAUUGUAGAUGCAUUAUUACUUCAAAAACUAUGUAAUUUUUAUGAAAUACUAAAAACAUUCAUUCUAAUAAUUUGUAACUGGUCUGUUUCAGAGUGAUCAUCAAAUUUGUAACAAAGUUGAUGAAUAUGGAGAGUAUAAGCAUUAUUUAUUUUAUAUUAGAUUUUCUGAAAAAUAACACAAGAUAAAAUUAGAUUUUUGCUCAGCAUUGUAGGUAGUGAAAUUGUGAUAACCUAGUAGGUACACACUAGCAAUACUGACAAAAAAAAUUGUAAUCAGAGAUUUGUGUAUUUUGUGUCCUGUGUGAUAAUUGUGAAUUCCUACUCAACACACAUCCUCGGACUGCUGGAGCAAGACCCUAGGAAUAGUGAUGCUAAUGGGAGGUUUGCCCCUUUUGUGGCCGACCUUGAAAACUUGGAAAUAAAAAAUUUAAAAAUAAGGUUAAAAAUGUGUUCAUAAAGUGUUCAUUCUUUGUCUGACAGGGAAAAGUUCAUAGUGUUGUAUGUUUACUGUAUGUAAAUGCACAUAGGUAUUCUCUACUUAUACAAUACAUUGUGAGGUGUUUGAUCUAAAUGUUAUAGUAUAUAUUUGUUGCUAAUAAAAUUUGUGCAUUGUGCAUAUUAAUGAAGUUGUCAUUGAUAAUAUAUAUGUGAAAUGUUUUCACAUGUUUUAAGGACAUGCAAGUUUGUAUCAGUCUAUUUGAGACUGUUCUGUACCUGUGUAACAAAAACAUGGGCCACUGGAUAGGCUUGUACAUAACGGAUAGAAAAGCUUGAUAAAUUACAGGAAACGUGCACAUAUGAAAAGUAAUUUAACUUUGGAGCAGUACAUAUGAACUAUGAAUAUUGUAUGUGAACAAGUAUGUCAUUAGUUUUCUAAUGUCUCAUGGGAUUUGUUGAUCCUACAUUUUGUAUUUUCAUCAUGCUUUUAAUGUUUACUAACAACUAAUAUGCUGUCAACAUGGUUCCUCACUUGUAGUUAUGUGCUAAUGCUCAAAUAAUUUAAAUGAAGUUUUGGUUUUAGAAUACAUUGUUGUUUACAGAGAAUGUUAAAUGUUUAAUAAGAGUAUUUUGUAUUGCCAUUCAAGAGGAUUAAAGUAAAUUUAUAAAUGAAGAAAA